CCAUCACGCCCCGAACCAGACGCCAGGUGGCAGGCAAUAAAGAAGGAUCGCUUUCCGCCUUCGACAGGGCCGGAGAAGCGGCGGCGAUUCUGCCGAGGUCACUCUCCACCCAUCACACCAGCCAACCACCCCACCUCUCGCUCCGUCCGUCGCUCGAGGAGGGAUGAGCAUGAACGGAGAUCGAUCCGCGGGAUCCGCCAUGGAAGAAGACGAGGAGGGGAGGCCUCGCUUCUUCAAGGUCCUCGUCGGCGACUUCGCCCGUCGCCUCGAGAUACCUCGAGACUUCCUCAGUUACAUUCCAGAGGUGGGCCUCAGGGGCUCCAACAUUUCACCUGUUCAAGCCAUGCUUAAGCGUUCAGAAGGGAAGACUUGGGUCGUUGAGCUAGAGAAGGUUGAUUGCUGUGUGUUUCUAACCACCGGAUGGACCAAGUUUGUGGUGGACAAUACUUUGAGGGAAUAUGAGUUCCUACUCUUCAGACACGACAGGAAAAUGGAUUUCAUGGUUUCGGUUUUUGGUCGGAAUGCUUGUGAGAAAGCAGUCCGGUCUUCAGGAAGUGCUGCUCAAGCUACUGAAAGUCUAGAAAGGAAACUCCCAUGUGAUAUGUUCCCCACUUGUAAGCGAGGACAUAGUGGUGAUGAACUAACGAAGAUCACCAAUAAUCUCAGGCAGAGUCACUCACUGGUUAUGAUACCAGAUCAAUCUGAUACAAAAAUAUUUCCCUUCCAUGGGAGUACUCAGGGGAAUGGACAUAUCUCUCCACAGAGCUUCGCUGACAUACAUCGUCAUGAAGUAGAUGGUUUGAAGGAUGAGUUAAAGAUAUACUUAUUGUUGAAGGUGCCAAUGGAUGAUGAUAAAGCUAAAGUAAUAGCUGAAGUAAUGAGCAGAUUGCAUGUUGACAGAGUUACAGUUGACUUAUUCUGUGCUGCACUCUGUUUGUAUAAGUGGGACUCAGAUGCGGCUGCAGAGGUAUUGAACACAUGUAGAGGCAAACCACAAAUUCCGAACCAGUUUCUAAAGCAGAAACUUGUUCUGCAAUUUGAUUUUAUAAAGAGGGAACUACGACACUUCUUCCCCACAGGGGAUGAUUGUCCUCCUCAAAUACGUGAUAGCAGGGAGAGCAGUCUUGAGGAGCCUAACUUGUCGACUCAGGCACUACAAAAUUACCUGCCAGUAGUGAAAAGCAAGCUAGUUGACGACCAUGAGCCAUGUGAUUUGUCGUACAAACAGAAGAGGAGAAUAGUCAAGUCGCGAUCACAGCAAAUUUCUGAAACACCACGAAGAUCACCACGACUGGCACACUUGAAGAAUUCCGGUGGCAGCAUAGAGAGUGGAUUGAAAGAAAAACCUGAAGUGUUAGAAUCGCCACCAUCCAGCACAAUUGAUCAGGUGGAGCACAGAGCAGGGCAUGCGUGUUUACUCUACGAGAAACCAGAUCAUGUUUUCAAAGGAGAUCGCCACCAUGCUAUAGGUAUUCUUGGUCUCUUCUUAAUCAGAACUCACAACUGCCUUCUAACACCUUAUACUACAGUUAAACCAAUUUGUGCCUUUGUAGGUUCUUUAUCUCAAGACUUCAAGAGACUCAAACGAACACGAGGUGAGGUGGGCCUAAGUGAGAAACCUCAGCAUAAUCAAGAAAAUGAGGAGAACAUAGAUCAAGGAAAUAAUGGAGAAAUCUUGGAAGAGCAAGUUGAUAGAAAUUCUGCAGAGACUUCUGAGUCGUUCAUGGAGAGCGAUUGGAUAGAUUCGUCACCGCCGACCAAGUCCAACUCGUCAUCUAUGAUAAUAAACGAGUUAUGUUUGACAUGGAGGCCCUCAGUACACACCAAUUCCCUCGAGAAUGUGUUACUUCAUAUUCAACGUGACAACUUUAUGAAGACCAUCACACACGUUCAGGGAAUCAUUCGCAGUUUUCCUUCAGACCUACAUUGUGCGGCUAUAAUUGAAGCUGUUGUGCAGAAAGAAAUUCUUAAGUGGGAUUCAUGUCUUCAGGAUGUUGAUGCUCAAAGGGUAGUGAUUGCAUUACUGGAGCAUGCUAAAAAAAUCAAGGAGAUUCACAAUUUCAAUAUGGAGAGCCGGAAGGAAGAGUUUUCCACAAAGCUACAAGAUCAACUGAAGUGGCAGCUCAAAGAACUGGAAAGCGUAUGCACUUCCUUGGAAUUUGAUUACAAGAAAGUAACAUGUGAUGGUAACAUCGCUGUCUCGACAUCGCAAGAACAGAAGAAAAAAUUGCAUGCCCUUCAGGAUGAGAUCAAAGGCUUGCAGCAGUCCAUGAUGAUGGAGGAUGAAAUACAGAAAUUGGUGCAUCAAGUUGCUGAGCAUGAGAGCUUAGUACAGAAGUCUUUAAUGGAAAGAGUAAGGGUUAAGACGGUUCUAAAGAGCUAUAAGCAGGUUCUUGUCGAAGUAAAAGAACGGCUAGCCUCUGAUGAACUUGGAUUAAUUGAUGUCGAUGCAUUGGUCAAGGUAGAGAUGGAUAACUUGAGGAAGGAGAUCGAGAUAUCCAAAGGAAGACUCCUAAAUAUCAUUUUCAAGUAAUAGUGGAGAGAUGGCCAUGUUAGUUGUAGGUAUUCCUUCUUCUGGCCAUGUUCCACUCUGUUGUAAUCCUUUAGCAUCGUGUUA